AGCUGGGCGCCGGGGAGGUAGUUGCAGACGCCGCGGGACAGUUUCGGCUUAGGGUCUGGGUCUGGCUCCGAGGGCGCGGGGAGCAGGGUGUCCCGGGGCGCGGCGGCUGCAGCGGGAGCGUACUGAGCGCCCGCCAGCCCGCCUGCCAUGUCCAGGAAAAAGACCCCCAAGAGCAAGGGGGGUAGCGCGCCCGCUACCUCCGCACUGCCCGCCACCGACGGGCCCCAGCCCGUGCGCCCCGGGACUGCGCGCCCUGGCCCCGAGGCACCUCCCAACAGGCCCCCGCAGCCCGGCCGGUCUUCGCUUGGCGGCGGCGGCGACUUCUACGACGUCGCCUUCAAGGUCAUGCUGGUGGGAGACUCGGGCGUGGGGAAGACCUGUUUACUCGUGCGCUUUAAGGAUGGCGCUUUCCUGGCAGGGACCUUCAUCUCCACUGUGGGCAUCGACUUCAGGAACAAAGUUCUGGAUGUGGAUGGCAUGAAGGUGAAGCUGCAGAUCUGGGACACGGCUGGCCAGGAAAGGUUCCGCAGUGUCACCCAUGCCUACUACCGAGACGCUCAUGCACUGCUGCUGCUCUAUGACGUCACCAACAAGGCCUCCUUCAACAGCAUCCAGGCCUGGCUGACAGAGAUCCAGGAGUACGCCCAGCAUGACGUGGUACUUAUGCUGCUGGGGAACAAGGUGGACUCUGCCCAGGAGCGUGUGGUGAAAAGGGAGGAUGGGGAGAAGCUGGCCAAGGUGAGCUGCGGUUGGGUGGGCAGCCAGAGUGCCCCUGGGGCUGCAGGGCCUGAGCUGUCCCCACCAGGUUGCCAACAGCUGUUUGCAGGAGUACGGGCUGCCGUUCAUGGAGACCAGCGCCAAGAUGGGCCUCAAUGUGGACUUGGCUUUCAUGGCCAUAGCAAACCAUCCAGAGCCUCAGCCCCAACAAACAGGCUUCAGGAAGCCAGAGGGUCCGCAGCCCUCCUUCACCUGCUGCUGAGGGCUGUGCCCCCAAGGCCUUCACAGAAGAGCAACCAACUUCUUCACAGGAGGGCUACCCAACAACGUAUAGACUGCCAGGCACCUGGUCCUCCGGACCACGGUGCCCGUGCCCCGUGUACAGUGCCUGAACACCUAGAAAGCCAUGUCUGCAGCUGCACAUCCUGCCCAGGCAGGAUUCCUGCCCACACCUGGGGCAGAGGGCUUCACCACAAAUCAUAUCAAGGACCAGAGCUGCCUGCUACCAGCCCACCCACCAGGAGGCCCUGGUUCAAACAUCAACAGGGUCUUUCAUGUUACCCUGGAGGAUGCCAAGGCUGUGGCUUUGUAAUGCAGUGAAUAGCAUGUGGGAAGCCACAGAAAUGUCAGGCAAACCAGGACUGCCAGCCCUCGCCUGCUGACUAGGGCACCAACUCAGCAGGCUGAUACAGGGCCUGGGCUUGGCAAGGUCAAGCCAGGGGGGUGGGCAGGGCACUCCACCUUGUACUAAAAUCUUGAAAUGUUUUGAUUGAGAGUUUUUGUUUCCAGUCCUAGUGAAUAAAGUUGUGUUUUCUGGAA